AUGCCAUUCCUCGGGCAGGAUUGGCGGUCCCCCGGGCAGAGCUGGGUGAAGACGGCCGACGGCUGGAAGCGCUUCCUGGAUGAGAGAAGCGGCAGCUUCGUGAACGACCUCAGCAGUUACUGCAACAAGGAGGUAUACAAUAAGGAGAAUCUUUUCAACAGCCUGAACUAUGAUGUUGCAGCCAAGAAGAGAAAAAAGGACAUGCUGAACAGCAAAACCAAAACUCAUUGUAAGCCAUUGCGCCAUGGAUACUGCACUUUGGGGGAAGCUUUCAAUAGACUGGACUUCUCAACAGCUAUUCUAGAUUCAAGAAGAUUUAACUAUGUAGUACGGCUGUUGGAACUGAUAGCAAAGUCACAGCUCACAUCCCUGAGUGGCAUCGCCCAAAAGAACUUCAUGAACAUUUUGGAAAAAGUAGUACUGAAAGUCCUUGAAGACCAGCAAAACAUUAGACUAAUAAGGGAACUACUCCAGACCCUCUACACGUCCCUGUGUACACUGGUCCAAAGAGUCGGCAAGUCUGUGUUAGUCGGGAACAUUAACAUGUGGGUAUAUCGAAUGGAGACAAUUCUACACUGGCAGCAGCAGCUGAACAACAUCCAGAUUACCAGGCCUGCCUUCAAAGGCCUCACCUUCACUGACCUGCCUUUGUGCCUACAACUGAAUAUCAUGCAGAGGCUGAGUGACGGGCGGGACCUGGUCAGCCUGGGCCAGGCGGCCCCCGACCUGCAUGUGCUCAGCGAGGACCGGCUGCUGUGGAAGAAACUCUGCCAGUACCACUUCUCGGAGCGGCAGAUCCGCAAGCGAUUAAUUUUGUCAGACAAAGGGCAGCUGGAUUGGAAGAAGAUGUAUUUUAAACUUAUUCGAUGUUACCCAAGGAAAGAGCAGUAUGGAGACACCCUUCAGCUUUGCAAACACUGUCACAUUCUUUCCUGGAAGGGCACUGACCAUCCGUGCACCGCCAAUAACCCAGAGAGCUGCUCUGUUUCACUUUCACCCCAGGACUUUAUCAACUUGUUCAAGUUCUGAAUCCCAGCACAUAACAACACUUCAGAAGGGUCCCCUGCUAAUUGGAUAGCCGGGAAUACAGAGUUUGGACGCUUCAUUUGUAAAUAGUGUACAUUUUAAUCAUUGGCUCAAAACUUCUGAGAUAAGUCAUGGAGAAGACAUUGGAGGGGAGCAUUUUGUUGCUGACUGGGAAUUUAAGAAUGUGAACUUCCCAUUAGGGUUGGUAUGGAAAAGCAGAAAUCCUGUAAAUAAACUUGUUUUCUAACCAUUUGCCAGCAAGACUAUAAGGGCAAGAAUUUUAUUUCUGCAGUAAAAAUGGGAAUUUUCUUGGUGUUCUCAGAAACUCCUUUAUGUUCCCUAGGAAGAAAAAGGCAAAAUUCAAAUACGAGAUAGAACACUCUUUGUUUACAAUGUGAAAAUUUGUUCGGGAAAAAAAAAGAAAAGAAAAGAAUAAGAAAAGCUACAUAUGAGAAAACUUUGGGCUUUUGGUUUUGAUUUGGGGUUUGUUUUGAAAAGGUAAUAGAUCAGCCCCCACGUUAGCCUUCCUGGGCAAAGGGCCUACGAAGACACCACACAAUGGUCUACCUCUAAAAGCCUAGAGCACUCCCUCUGACAACGUGCAUUAUCCAGUAGGCAGUGUCUGCUUUUCUUGUAAGUGUUUUCAUCACUAUAAAAAGUGAUUUAAAAUGGAAAGGGAUAUUGGAAGCAACGCUCGUCUUGUUCAGACUUCCUUUUUAGGAGUACUGGGAGCUCUUUGGAGUUGCUUCUUUCCUAGAACAACCCCAAAGUACAUGUGCCUUUUUUCCUUUCAUCUGGGGAAACAGAGGCCAAUUUAAAACAAUCCCAAAGGAAGUCUUGCCGC